GUAGCUGCGCUCCCCCGGCUCUGUCCAACGACGACAAAACAAACAUUGGACAUCCAUUCGCUAGCAAGACGGAUGUAGAACCUGGCAUAUAUUGGACAAUAACUGCAUGCCCUGGGACUUGGGCAAGCCAAGUGUAGGAAGCUUUUUCAUGAUUGGUACUGGGGAUGUUUGGCCCCUCAAGACGUUGUACAGAGUACAGUAUGAGGGAGAUCUGAGAUAUACGGUAGCGCUUCAAGUGGUGAUGCGUUGAUCCGACGCAAUAAGUCUGGCGACUGUGAAAAUACGCAGGAUUCCAGACGGAAAUACACGCACGCAAAACACUCCUGCAUACCAAAUCAGCAUGUCGCCACCUACACUCAUCACAUCCAUCGAUACUUUCGGGAACCCAGGGCAAUUUUUGCACUGUGCAGGUAGUAUAGAUUCAGUUUCCGUAGAUAAAACCUGUGCUUCCGCCCCCAAAGCGGCCGCCCGUAUUAGUGUAAGGCAGAACACUCCAUAUUCAUCGCUGUGCCCUAGAUUGAAGCCCAUCAACAACGGUCUCUGGCUGAAAUGUCGACUAACGAGCUUUCUAUUGCAUUUGUAUCCUCUGGAGAUGUUCUCUCAGCCAGUGUUGUACUUCCUCUCCUGGGACUUGUGGCAGUGGCACUGCGCUUCUGGAGGCGCACUUCUCGUAAUAUGGGAGUCGGUGUGGAUGACUGGUUGAUUCUUGUGGCAUUGGUGUUUGUCAUUGGUAUGGGCGUCGUGCAACUCUAUGGCGUCUCGCAGCACGCUCUUAGCUAUCCAUCACAAGAGUAUGAGACGCCUUUUGAACAACUGAAUUCGCUUCCUCCGGAACAACGACUCGUCGAGCUGAUUUACUGGAUCACUUGGCUGCUGAUGCUACCCGCCAAUGAGCUCAUCAAACUGAGCACGAUAUCCCUCUACUGUCGUAUCUUCUCCGUGGCGAGAUACUCACAGUUCAACAUCGCUUCAGUCAUGGUCGCAGUUAUUUGCGCGUUGUGGACCAUUGCGUUUUUCUUCGCGACUAUUCUCGGAUGCGGUACUCAUGUUGAGUACCCGUGGGGUAGGAUCGUUUCAGAGGAGAAAAGAAAGUCAUUUUUGAAUCUUGUGGAAAUUUGUAUAUUCAUAAUUCGUGCAUAAACACGUCAUGGGCUUGUUGCAUGUUGCUAUCGGCAAAGGCAGGCAAAGGAAUCGGAUACUAUGAUGCAAGGCAACCAAUUUGCUCUCUUUGAGAGACUGCCCCUACUGCUCCAUCACACGCAACGGGGUCAUGUGUGCUCCAACAGGCCUUCCCUCACCCACUAUGUAUCCCUGAACAUUCC